CGCCGCAAGGAGUCGGGCGGCUCCGCGGCAGCCCCGCUGCCCGAGGAGGACUGCAUGAAGCUGAACCCCUCCUUCCUGGGCAUCGCCCUCAGCUCCCUGCUUGCCAUCGACCUCUGGGCCUCCAAGCGCCUGGGCGUCUGCGCUGGAGAGGGCUCGGCCUGGGGCAGCGCACGUCCCCUCAUGAAGGUCAUUGAGGUUUCGGGGCAUGGCAUCCCCUGGCUGCUGGGCACCUUCUACGGGCUCUGCCAGAGCGACAGCUCAGCAGCCAGGGAGGUGCUGCUCAACCUGCUCUUCGCAUUGCUGCUGGAUCUCGUGCUGGUGGCAGUGGUGAAAGGGCUCGUCAAGCGGCGGCGGCCCACCCACAACAAGAUGGACAUGUUCGUCACAAUCUCAGUGGACAAGUACUCCUUUCCAUCAGGCCAUGCCACCAGAGCUGCCCUGGUCUGCCGCUUUGUUCUGCACCACCUGGUGCUCGCCGUCCCACUGCGGGUCCUCGUGGUGCUCUGGGCUCUCAUCGUCGGCGUUUCAAGGGUCAUGCUGGGCAGGCACAAUGUGACAGAUGUGCUCUUCGGUUUGCUGCUGGGCUACGCACUGUACAGUGUGGUGGAGUACUGCUGGCUGUCCCCACUCAGCGCGCCUGCCCUCUUUGCGCUCUGGAGCCAUUGACAGCUGGGGCCCUCCCAAAGGAGGAGGCACAUACCCAGUUUUCUCAGCGUUCACAGGGAGGAGAUACUGGGACUUGAACUCACAUUUUAGACCCCAUCUAUCCAGCCAGCACUUCAACACUAGCAGUGCUGCAGGCUCCUGGGCCUGCACUUGGACAUUUGGUGCUGUCUUGCCCUCCUGAUGGACUGU